UCCCACAAUGCGUUGCGAACGCAACCGGAAAGGGAAGAAAACGUCAGCUGACUCGACUUGGUGUUUUGUUGAGUAGUUCUUGACAGUUUAAAGGCCUUUCGUUAGUGAUUAAAUAACACGUGCGUUAGUAAGUAGCUAUGUUACGACCAAAGGCGUUAACGCAGGUUCUCAGCCAAGCGAACACAAACGGAGUUCAAAGCACACUCCUACUGAAUAAUGAAGGUUCACUUCUGGCUUACUCCGGGUACGGGGACACUGACGCACGAGUGACAGCCGCUAUCGCGAGCAACAUCUGGGCGGCCUACGACAAGAACGGCCACCAGGCCUUUAACGAAGACAAACUCAAGUUCAUACUCAUGGAUUGUAUGGAGGGAAGAGUGGCCAUCACUCGUGUAGCCAACCUACUACUGUGUAUGUACGCCAAAGAGACGGUGGGCUUUGGAAUGCUGAAAGCCAAGGCAGAGGCCCUGGUGCAGUACCUGGAGGAGCCAUUAACCCAAGUGGCAGCGUCAUAGUGGAGAAGUGACUGAUGCUCAGCCUGAUGAAUCUGUCUGCCUGGAAACAAAGCAUCAUAUGAUUCAGGUCAUUGGACUACUGUAACAUUCUGUACAUGCAUUAAUAUAUGAGUGAGGGGGGGGCAGUGUAACUAUAAUCAUGGUAUUGAAACUAAUAACUUGUCUUGGUUUUUAACACGUUGUCUUCUCUUGUGACGCUCGUGUUCAUCAAGUGGUCUGUUAAGAAAGUCCACGUAAUUUGUCAAUGAGAAGUCUGAGUGUGCAGCUGCUGAGAUGUUUCCAUUAUUCAACUCUUCCCGCGGUUGAUUCAUUCAUUUGCAGUUUUAGUUCAGCCUCGCUGAUCCCAGUGAAGCAGAAAAUGUAACAUUUUGAAUCCUGUCAGAGGAGUAAAAUGUUUUGUGGAAAAUGUUCGUAAGAAUGUCUGACUGAUAAAAUGCAGUGAAGAUUAUUUGCUUCAUUUUGUUUCAAAGCUGUCAAAUAAACAAUUUUUGCAUUAA